UCCUCUCUAUUUCCUUCCCUCCAAACAACCAAACGCCUCAACUUAUUCUGAUUUUCUCUCACCGCUCAGCAGCAGCUGCGUUUCUGUGUUCUACGCCGUCGUUUCGUUGCCAAUACCACCAUCCUUCAAGAUAACAUCCAACCAUUUCUUCAAAUCCCAACACACACUCUUUUUCUUCACUAGUUGCUAUUUCAUUAUCCGAACCUCCAUCUUCACCCUCAAAAGUUUGCAAUCAUGGCGGAGUUGGCACCAGAAGGAUCACAAUUUGAUGCUCGUCAAUUUGAUGCUAAGAUGAAUGAGUUACUAGGAGAUGAUGGACAGGAAUUCUUUACAUCUUAUGACGAAGUCUAUGACAGCUUCGAUGCUAUGGGAUUGCAGGAGAACCUUCUAAGGGGUAUUUAUGCAUAUGGUUUUGAGAAGCCCUCUGCAAUUCAGCAAAGGGGGAUUGUGCCUUUCAUCAGGGGACUUGAUGUAAUUCAGCAAGCACAAUCUGGAACUGGAAAAACUGCUACGUUUUGCUCUGGUAUCUUGCAGCAGCUUGAUUACAGCUUAGUUGAAUGCCAGGCUCUGGUUCUUGCUCCCACUCGUGAACUUGCACAACAAAUUGAGAAGGUCAUGCGAGCAUUAGGUGACUAUCUUGGGGUUAAGGUUCAUACUUGUGUGGGUGGGACCCUCGUUCGUGAAGAUAAACGUAUCCUUGAAAGUGGUGUCCAUGUUGUAGUUGGUACCCCUGGUCGUGUAUUUGACAUGCUGCGAAGACAAUAUUUGCGCCCUGAUAGCAUUAGAAUGUUUGUGUUAGAUGAGGCAGAUGAGAUGCUCUCUAAAGGUUUCAAGGAUCAGAUCUAUGAUAUUUUUCAGCUCCUGCCACCUAAGAUACAGGUCGGGCUUUUCUCUGCCACAAUGCCUCCGGAAGCCUUGGAGAUCACAAGAAAAUUUAUGAAUAAGCCUGUGAGGAUUCUUGUGAAACGUGAUGAGCUCACCUUGGAGGGUAUCAAGCAAUUUUUUGUCAAUGUUGAGAAGGAGGAAUGGAAGCUUGAGACACUUUGUGAUCUUUACGAAACUCUGGCCAUUACCCAGAGUGUUAUCUUUGUCAACACCAGACGCAAGGUAGAUUGGUUGACAGACAAGAUGCGCAGCCGUGAUCACACUGUUUCGGCCACCCAUGGAGAUAUGGACCAGAAUACAAGAGAUAUCAUCAUGAGAGAAUUCCGUUCCGGGUCCUCUCGUGUUCUCAUUACCACAGAUCUUUUGGCCCGUGGUAUUGAUGUUCAGCAAGUCUCACUUGUGAUUAAUUACGACCUUCCUACUCAGCCAGAGAACUAUCUCCAUAGGAUUGGUCGAAGCGGUCGGUUUGGAAGAAAGGGUGUUGCCAUCAAUUUUGUGACAAGGGAGGUUGAAAAGAUGCUGCUUGACAUACAGAAGUUUUACAAUGUGGUGGUUGAGGAGCUUCCAGCCAAUGUUGCUGAUCUCCUGUGAUUUGAUUAAUGCUUCAUCAGUUUUGCUUUCAGUAUGGAUGCUGCAGUCUUUACUUAGUUUUUCAUGAUCUAGGGCCCUUCUUUUGUAGCAAGAUUUGAAGAGAAAUGAGCAUUCUUCCUAGUUUUUGCUUGUAUUGCAAAAUUUUUGUUGGGGUUUUAUUUGUAUAUCUGGUGUUAGCCUUAUUGGAUUUGAAUAUUCUGUAAUUCUGUUCAUAUAAGUUUUGUUUAAACAUAUCAGGGAUGGUUGUGUAAAGUUGAAAUUUUAUA